AAAAGGAGCUCGCUGAAAUAAGAAAAUUGUAUUAAUGGGUACGUCCGCGUCAAAGGACGAAUCUCAGGAACCAGGAGCCAGCGCAUCGAAAAAUGAAGGAACAAACGUGAAGAAGGUUACAUUCAAUGCCUUUGACAGCGUUAUAGUUGAACGCGACGGUAAACUGGUGAAUAUAUCACCUACUGGAAAUGCCGGUCCCGAUCCAUCGAAGUGUCUGAACCUGAUGUUCUACAGAAAUGAAAUACCGACAAAACCGCCUCCUGGAGCGCUUAUAGAGGAAAUUUUGGCUUGGAAGGGAGACUACCUUAAAUUAGAAUUCGAGUUUCAUUACCUCCCUUGGUUGUUCCCAAAUAAAGACGAGGCUAUUGCGAACAAACAUUCGGUUCCAUUGCAACCAACAGAAGCUCAGGCGAUACAAAACGACCCCGUUCUACGAGGCCGGGUCUUGAGGGCCUAUAAGAUGAUGCUAGACUUCUUCGGAACGGAAUUAGUCAGCGAGGAAACUGGCGCCGUACAAAGGAACGCUGCGAAUUGGCGGGAGAGAUUUGUCAAUUUAAACAAAUCGGCGAAAAACCAUCUUCGAAUUACGCGGAUUAUCAAAAGCCUGGGUGAGUUGGGAUUCGAGCAUUUUCAGUUACCAUUGAUAUUGUUUAUCAUGAAAGAAGUCAUGGAAACGAAAGAACUAUCCCGAAUUUCGAGCGAUUCCAUUGGUCAUUUUAUCGGUGCAGUGAAAAACGACGAAAAGCGAGCGUUACUAACAAAAGAGUUUACUCAUAUAGUUACUAGCGAUAAAUCUUGAAGUGGCUUCUCAAAGAUACACUAUAUCUUUGAAUCACAACGAGUGUUUUGAUAUGUACAGAGUCGUAUCGAGGCUUCCAAAUAAAACAUGUGACAGUGGCAUUUCGUCGCUGACAAGCCAUUAAUCAAGCAUACGUGUGAAUAUAAGAAAUGAUCGACUGACGUUUGUAGCAGAAAUAGUUAAGUCGCGCUUUGGGAAGACGGGGCUUGAUGCAUGUGAGUAAGGUGUCGUCUCAAAUGAGCCUGUGCAGAACGCACCGGCUAAUGAUGGAAGACACUUUCCGUUCUAAUGGAAUUUUUCGCUUAAAG